AUGCCCUACAUGGCCAAACCAGAGGAGUUUGUGACUGUGCAUGAGGGCAGUUUAGAGUCUGAGGAGGCCGUGAACGCUAUGGCAGAAGAGUGCUUUUUAUACUCUUAUCAAGGAAUAUUCUAUAAUAUGCCUUCACAGUGCGAUCUAGAACCCCCUUUUUAUUGUGUUACUCAGGGCCGCUACAUCAGAGUUUUUCCAUCAUACAUCUGGGAUGGCGUGAAAUUGGAACUCCGGACACCAGGCAAUCGUGUUGCUACGUACUUUACUGUUCGGUCACCUGUCCUGGGAGAACAGAAAGUUCAUUGUGCCAUCCAACCGACUCAAACCGUAAAUCACAGGAAUCAACAAAGAAUGUCUACAGAUCCUACUUAUGCCGUCGGCUCUUCUGAGGCAGGGACAUCUUCAAUCCAGACAAUAUACUGUGAAGUAAUGUCCAGAGUACCGAAGAAACGGAAAAAGAAACCCAAGCUCAAUGUUUACCACUCAGUCCCAGUCCCUUCUCGCCAGCAUACUGAAUACCAAGCUCAUCAAGAUGGGUCCAUCACCUAUAUGCUGAAGCGCCUCAAACCUCCCAAGAAUGCUCAAGCAACUAUCAAUAAUCGAACUCACGCGACACUGACUCUGCAUGAUGCGGCACCAUUGUCAAUUCCUGAGCCAUUAGAUGACCUCCCGCUCGAUGUAUCAUUAGACUUUUUAGGGCAGCAAAGGAGAAAACGAGCAGCAGGCGAUCAUCCUUUGUUGAUGUGGUUGAAGCACCGAGAAUUAUUUUGGCAGGAAAUGAUCUGUCUUGAAGGAAGAUGUAAUAGACUUGGUGCUCAAUCUUGCUCGGAGUGUAAUUGUCACAGCCCAGAGUAUAGGUGUUGGGACUGCUUAGGGUCAGAGAUCUAUUGUUCACCUUGCAUCCUGUUGGCUCAUGUGCGCCACCCGCUUCACCGAUUGGAGAAAUGGAACAGUCAAUACUUCGAGCGAAUCUCUCUGAAAACCCUGGGCCUUCGCAUCCAGCUUGGCCACACCACUGGCCUGAAAUGUCCUAACCCUUGUCGCGCAUUCAAUGAUGAUUUUAUUGUUGUCGACACCCACAGCAUACACGAAGUAUCUCUCGACUUCUGCAAUUGUGCAACAGCCCAAAGCCAUAUACAACAGCUACUUCAAAUAUCGUGGUUUCCUUUGACAACGUCAGAUCCAAAAACUGCUGCAACAUUCCGCGUUCUUGAACACUAUCACCUACUCUCAUUUGAGUCAAAAGUAUCUGCCUUCGAGUUUUAUAAUGCGCUCAGCCGGAUGUUCGAUAACACUGGCUUACUUCCCAUCAAGCAUGCCCACACCCAGGGAAGAAUCUCCCAGCUGGUUGGAAAGAUGCUCUUCAACAAUGUGAACUUCCGCUUAAAACGCAAGGCUGUUUCAAGUGACAGUGUUGACCCAAGCCUGAGUCGCGGCUGGGGAUAUUUUGUCGAGGAUAAAGCAUAUAAAGAUUUCUUGCACAGUGGUGUGGACAGCAUCCAGGAGAAAUCAAUGUGUUCAAGUCACAAUGCUGUAAACAUGGCCGAUACGAAAUCUAACCGCGGACUCGCUACCACUGGUUUAGGUACUGUCGACUGUGCCCGCCAUAACAUGAAACUGCCCAAUGCCGUUGGGGAUCUUCAAAAGGGUGAAAGAUAUAUUAACAUGGACUACUUGUUUUUCUCAGCACUACAUCAUACUGUACUCGACACUCUCAAUGUAUCCUAUGACAUCGCAGAAGGGAAGAUGGUUCAGCAAAGCAACACUCUCCAACGGAGGAUUGAUACCUGGAUGAAGAUGCAGGAACUAUACAUGCCAUCGCUCGCUGCGCUACGUGUGAGCAAGAGUUCAGUAUCUGGCAGUGUGACUGCUGCACCAGAAGCAAUCAAGCUCUGGCUGCCAUCCCAGAUCAGCAGGACCACACCUUGCAACAGCCACCUCCAGGCCAUCAAAUGGAAGCUGCGGUAUGCACAAGCUCACGAUGCACUUCGCUCUCUGCAUUCAACCUUACGUGCUCAGACUGCGAUCCUCAAGUACAAGGACUGCAACCUCCAUGGACAAGGAGCAAACACAAGGGCACGGAAUACAUUGAAAGCUGUUGAGGCGAGGAUUGAGGCUGCUGCCAGGACUUACGAGUAUGCGCAUAAAGCCCUUGUGGUCCUUUCACCUCAGACUCACAGACAAGCAGACCUGCGAAUAGAAUGGUGCAAAGCCAGGGCACGGGCGAUGCGCUGGACAGAAGAGGUGGAAUUGGUGAACAUCAGUAAAGUCCAAUUUUCUCACAGAGGUCACAAACUUCGGGUCUUGUGA